AUGCCCCGAAGAUCCUCUAUUUCCCUGUCCGUCCAGUCGGCGACAUCGCCCUCCUCCGUUGCCUCUUCAACGGCCAACGAGGUCCCGGGCUUGACGACCCAAGAAACAGAGCUACAGAAGAAACGGGCCAGAGACAGGAAGUCGCAGCAGGCCAUGCGAGACCGCAACAAGUGGACGAUACACACCCUGACGGAUCAAGUCAGUUUCCUAAACGGUGCUCUAGACGGGCGAGUGAGGGAUAUCGCGAUACUCCAGAACAGACUCGGGACCCUGGAAGCAGAAAAUGCUCAUCUACGAGCACAAAACGCCGCCUUGAAUCUGAGCUUGAUUCGGCGUAACGACGUUUCUUCAUCGGGAGAAGCGGAUCCCAGCUUGGAUACUAGGCUUUUUGACUAUCCGUGGACACUCGCAGCACGAAACACGUCACCGACUUGCAUCGCGGAUCAGAUACUUCAAGGGUUUGUCGAUUCUACACGCUCAGGAGGUGCCUCGGCAUCGGAUACUACCGCCUUCUACUCGAUGAAACCGAAGGUCGGCGCCCUCAUCCAAGCGGAGAGCCGAUCUCAAGACGACAUCAGCAAUGUGGUUGCGGAUGUGGUGAGGGCGUACCCUGAGAUCGAGAGUCUGCCAAAGAAGGUCGCUGUUUUUCAGAACAUGGCGUUACUAUUGAAGGCAUGGUUCACGUAUUGCAACCCGUUGGUUCCACUGGGCUGA